AUGGGCGCCUGCUGCUCUCAGUCCGACGACCUCGGCUCGCUUUCUGACAUCCUCUCCGACCUAGACGACGGCGCGAGCAACGAGCAGGUGGCCUUUCGCGUGUCGCAGCGAGUCCGGUGCAAGGACAAAGGCAACGCCCAAUGGAGAACCGGCACAGUGACCUCCAGCAGGCCGCUGAAGGUGCAGGUCGACGGCUGGAGUUCAGCUCACAGCUGGGAUCAGGUCGAGGAGAUCAGCAUUAGCACCGACCUCAAGACGCCGACUGCGUCAACCACCCUCUCCACCGCAAGAGCAGCGGUUGACUUUCGCGUGUCGCAGCGAGUCCGGUGCAAGGACAAAGGCAACGCCCAGUGGAGAACGGGCACAGUGACCUCCACCGACCCUCUCGAGGUGCAGGUCGACGGCUGGGAUUCAGCUCACAGCUGGGAUCAGGUCGAGGCGUUUGUGAGAAAGUCCAAGGCGGAGCGCGCCGCCGAGGGCCUGCCGCCGCCGAGACCGGCGACGGCGCCGUGGCGUCCGCCAUCGCCGCUGGCCUCGCCGCUUCCGAGCCCGGACGCGCCCUCGUCACCUCGAAAGCCGCUCGACAUGCCACAGACGCCGGCUCUGGCUGCCGCUCCCCGGCUGCUGUCGUACUUCAAGAGCCUCGACGACGACGCGCUUGAGCUCGAGAUAGAGUCUCCCAGGGAGGCGGAGGAGCAGGCGCCGACGGAGAACGAGGAGCAGGCGCGUUCCAAGAUGCCGCCGCCGCCGCCGCCGCCGCCAGCCUCGGAUGAUACGCCGCGUCGAAAGGCGACGCCGCACAAGAAGGCGGCGACACCGCGGAGGGAGCCGCUGCGCGAGCUUCCGCCGCAGCCCACCGCGGAGCGCACGGGGAGGCUAGUCCCGGCGUCGCCCGCCUUCUCCGACCUCGCGUCGCCCGCCCCAAUCAUGGUGUCCGCAGUGACUCGGGCGCUCCUGGGCGGGGGGGAACUGCCGGUGCUGCCGCCCUCGGGCUUCGGGGCGGAGGCCCCUGCUCCGGCUGCGCUGCCUCCUGCCGACGAGGCAGCGCGCGCCGGCACGGGCGAAGCGGAGCAGAAGGCCGCGAGCAGCCUGUGCUCAUCGAUUGCCCUCCUCAGCCUCGGUGAUGGCGACCGCGCUGGCUCCGAGUCUGACGCCGCUGCCGCCGCCGCCGCCGCCGCCUCCGCCGCCUCGGAGGGCGAGCGCGCCUCCUUCGGCUCCGGCGGGCGCUCCUCGGGCGGAGGAGAUCGCUCGAGCUCCGACGGGCUCGGGCUCAAGCGCUUCGGCAUCACUGGAGGCGCGGCCAGGAGGCUUGUCGGAAGGGCGGGCGGCGCGGCACGCGGAGCGGCGCCGCCGCCGCCGCCGCCGCCGCCGCCGCCGCCGCCGCCGCCGCCGCCGCCGCCGCCGCCGCCAGCGGCGCCGCCGCCGCCGCCAGCGGCGCCGCCGCCAGCGGCGCGGAAGCUGCCGGGUGCCCCGGCAGCGUCGCGCGCCGCGUCCGCCUUCGGCUCACAUCGCGCUGGCUCCUCGCCGUCUGUCGGCCCACCCGCUGCCCUGCUCCACGCGGAGCCGGACGGCGGCGGCGGGCCAAGCGUGGGGUGGGACAGGGUGGCGCGUGCCUACCCGUGCGGCCGCUUCCUCGCCGAAGGGGGCUUCAAGCGCGUCUUUCUCGUCUCUGACGCGCCCGACGGCCUCGAAGCCGACGGCGGCGCCUCCGGCCGCGACCGCUCCGGCCGCGGGCCGUUUGCGAUGAGCGUCGUCGACGUGCGCUCGCUGCGGCGCAAGGGGCUCGAGGCGACGCUGGCCACGGAGCUGUCCGUGUCCCACCAGCUCGGCGAGCUCGCCCGCCGCGGAGUCUGCCCUCACUUUUUGCGGCUGCACCAGUGCUUCCGCUCGCCGUCGGAGCCGCCGGCGGAGGAGUGGAUCGGCGGCGGGGGCGGCGGGAGCGAGAGCGAGAGCGACGGGGAGGGCGCGCCCGAGGCGAAGGGCGCGAGGCGGGCGCGGGCGCGCAAGCCGGCGCGAGCCACUACCCGGCGAGACGGCUCGUGCUUUCAGUAUGUGGUGAUGCAGUACGCCGCGGGCGGCGACAUGGAGGAGGCGUGCAAGGCGAGGCUGCAGCUCCGCCACUACGAUCUCAAGCUGCUCAACUUCUUCCUCGCGCACGCCCCCGACCACGCCAGCGGCGGCGGCGCGGGCCGGCUGCGCUACAGCGUCGCCGGGCAGCGUUUCGAGCUUCCGGCGCCAGACGGGCCGUCGCUCGUGAUGCUUGCCGACCUCGGCACGGCGGACGCGCCGUACGAGGAGCUUCUCGCCUCCGUCCGCUGCCCGGCCGAGCUGCGCACAGCACUCGAGGCGGUCUGGCGCGGCGCGCCGGCAGCCGGCGGCGGCCGAGCUCGCUCCGCAAACUCGUCCGGCACCGCGUACGCCGUCGUCGCCGACCUGCUCGAGGAUGAUGAGGAGGGUGUGCUCUGCGACACCGCGUACCGCUACAUCUGCCUCUUUGGCAGCAGCAGCCUCAGCGGCGGCAGCCUCUCGCUCGAGCAAGCGGCGGGCGGGCUGUCGGCGGCAGAGGCGCCGCCCGUGAGCGCCAGCGCUGCCUCGGCCGCCAUCCGGCGGUGGCUCAGCUCCGCCGGCGGCAAGGCACGCUUUGUCAAGGACCACGCGCAGUGGUCUGUCUUUCACGGCCGCGCAAAGCCGCUCCUCGAGGGCCAGCGGCGAAUGGCGCAGCUGCCCGGGGCGGCGGCGCUGCUGCGCGGGCUUGCCUCCUUCGAGCCCUCGCGGCGCUGGACCGUCGAGCAAGCACUCGAGAGCGAUUUCUUUGGGCCGCUGCGCGUCGCGGGCGCGGGCGCCGACGGCGAUUCGGCGCCCGUGUUCACGGCGUGA